UGCUGAGAGGACAGCAUACGAGCUCGUAGGACUGUUUACUGACUUGUCUGGACUUGCAUGUACAUGAUUCUUGCGAUACCGAUGUACUGUACCUGACGAGAAGUCUGUUGUUGACCUUGCCUGCGGUAAACCAACUGCCGCAGCUGCCGGCAACAAAAGGAUACGACAGGGCGGACGUGAAGAGGGGGAUGGUCUAUGAUUUAAUCAAGCCCACCUCUUACUAGGGCGUGCCGAGCCGAUCCUCUUCCUUCGACAGUUUUCUGCAACUAUACGCAACUCGGAGACUAGACACGUACUCUUCCAAGAUGGUCGUCUCAACGGCUAAUCAACUCAGUUCGACAUACACUCUUUGGCAAAGAUUCACCUUCCCCAGCGAACAUGGCCCCAGAGAUGCCGUCGCCGUGCCGAAUUCGGUGGCCGAGCAGCUCAACUCCGCUUAUACCCUCAUCAUAGAUAUGGCACUUGUACAGUUCUUCACCAUACUCUUCGGUAUUAGCCUCUAUUUUUAUUUGCGGAAAUACAAUGCUGUGGAUCGAAUGAAAAACAUUAGUCCUUUAGCUCCUACUAUCUGGAACAAGAGAGCGGAUCUUGUGGAUUUAAUAGUCGAAACUGGCACUUCGAAGGACAACUGGCACAAACCGAAUGUCAUCUUGUUACUAUUUGCAUUCCUUAUCCUUUGGGUUGGCGUGAAAGCGACAGGAGUUCUUGUCCCUCCUCUUCUCACUCUCGGUACUGCGGCACCCGUGAACCCGGCUGCUAUAUAUGUACCAGACCGUACCAACGAUAACAAUGCAGAGACGGCUGCUCUAUUCCCCCUGGAAGUGCCACGGUUUAUUCGCGCUCUUGGAAGCACGGUGAACGAAGAAAUACGCAGCAAAGUCAAUGUCAGCGAUGCGAAACCGAUAGGACAGACUAGUAAUGGCGAAAGAAUUCUGCAAAUCGACUACUCGUAUAAUGCUACGGGAGCCGACUUCGGAUUGCAGAAAUAUCCCGAGUUGACCCUUAACGUCGUCGGUUCGUGUACUACGGAGUACGGGUGGUUGAACGUGACCGCCCCUUUUAUCUACAAUAACGAUGUAUACGUCAUAGACUGGUACAACCUCUUCGGAAACACAUCAAUGAAUCGGGAUGUGUCUUUGUUCGACGGCAGAGAGCCGGUAGGGUCAUUCUUCAUCGGGGAUCCCGUGCCGGGUAUACUACCUGAUAGUAACGCUACUUGGGCGGCGCUUGUAUCGUCAGUCAAUAGAACCAGCUUCAGUCCCGGAACCGACCCAUGGUAUCUUACAGGGCCUGGUAUAAGUAAUUCAGGUGCCGGAUAUGCAGUAUUGGCAGCGCGACCGGCUCUGUCGUGCUGGGAGGAUAAUAUCUGGUCGUAUAAAGGCCAUAAUAGUACCAUCGGCGCCCUCACAAGUACCGCACUCCCAGGCUUCGAAAUAUCCGACAGCCUCCAAGACAUCUUCGCUGCCGUGCUCGGUACCCCUAUGAUACAAUCGGUUGGCCAACAUCUGCAAUCUUCGGCUCUCCUAUCUACAUCCACAGCCAGCAACCAGAUAUUCGACGCUAGCUCUAGCAGUGUCCACGACGACCUCGAGCGUCUGGUGCAGGCGGCAUACGUAGCGACAGUCAACAUUUUGACCGACUUAACCUUGUAUCCUGUCGGAGCGAGCAGAGAUGUGCGGAACGUGGCACGCGGAGACUCUGGCCAGACCAGAGAUGGGAUAUCCGAUUUCGUUGUCUGGAGUCCGGAAAUCAAGACCUUGUCGACAUUGGUAGUCAUCGUCAUCCCAAGCGUGUUCGUCGGCCUCUGGUUAAUAGCCAUUAUAUUAAUGUAUUACACCCCGGUUGGGAUCGUCACCACCCUUGAUUCGAGCGACUUGCAAGGGUUGCUUGCGAGAGGUGGAUCGGAUGAGAGGGCAAUGGUUUUAGUCAACCCACCUAAAACCCCAGAGAACCAAUCUGUAACGAAUUCCAAUCAAGGUGUCACCGGAAACGAGACCACAGGAACGACCGCGAACGUCACGACUUCGUACAAUGUGUCGCCAAUCACAGAGUCAGGGCUCGGUGCAGAGAAAAAAGAUUGAGAAAUGGUAGCUAAGCAACGGGAUCAGGAUUAGGGCUUACGACUGUCAAGAUCUUGAAGUUUCUAGGUUCUCUAUUUUUUUCAUGUUCCUUUUCUUUUUCUACCCUUUUAAACUGAAUGAUACCAAGUCGGAGACCCGGGUUUAUAACGAGAUAUGGAUAUCCAGCACCAGAAGGCGGACCAGCGGAACUGGGGUGGGGAGGGGGGUUGACAUGAGAUCGGAUGAGUUGACGGACUGUUAUGUCCCCUUAAUGAAUUUCAAGCUUAACGUACUGUGGUGUUAUUCUCUAAUUACCUAGUAGGCAGGUAUACUUUUAGGCAUAUUAAUAAUAGGCUCGCUCAUUCAUUCAACCAUCAUAUGGAGAGAG